UGCAUAAAGCAAAAAUCAAGGACAAUUUCACAGCACAUAUGCAAUCGGCAAUGGAGAAAAAAAAUAGGGCUUAAACCUGGACUGAAACAGCAAGUAAGGUUUCUGCUUUAUAUGGUUUAUUGUGGUAAGUUAUCGCUACAGCAUUGCUUCUGGUACCACUCGGUACGCUUAAGCAUUUUACAGAACCACACAACACCGCUGCUCCUGUAAACAGGGACAGAGAUGCGGAGUCUGUUCCCAGCAUCCUCAGUUUGGACACGCAGGGAGUAGCUACGAACCUGAGCGGGUAUUGGCUCCAUAUUUCGUCCAUUUCUCAACGGGGAAAAGGGUAGAAAACUAGGCCUGGCAAGUGGAGGGUCUUCCUCUGUCCACUACCAGCAACGAGGCAUGCAAACUGUAUGAUGCCACGCUGACUCAGUAUGUGACCUGGCGCAAUGACCAAACACUCGGUGGCCUAGAGGGCUGUGUUUCUAGGAUGCUGGACGCUGACCCAAACUUUGUGAUGGGUCAUGUGAUCGGCACGGGUCUGGAGGUGAUUGGGACAGGGAGCUCGAUUCUACGGAACCAGCAGCUAGCCAGUGCUGUGAAGAGGACUGUGGAGCUGGCCCAGACCCAGGAUAUUACACCCAGGGAGAAGCUGCAUGCCAGUGCCAUUGAGCAGUUCUCCAAGGGGUGUAUCCCCAAGGCCUGCGACCUGUGGGAAGAAAUCCUGUUGGAGCAUCCCACUGACCUGCUGGCACUUAAAUUUGCACACGACGGCUAUUUUUACCUGGGAUACCAAGUGCAGAUGCGGGACUCUGUGGCACGAGUUUUACCGCACUGGAAGCCUCACAUGCCACUGUACAGCUACCUUAAAGGAUUAUAUUCCUUCGGACUGCUGGAGACACGCUUUUAUGACCAGGCAGAAAAAGUUGCAAAAGAGGGCUUGGCUUUGACUCCUGGGGAUGCCUGGAGCGUACACUCUGUUGCACAUGUCCAUGAGAUGAGAGCUGAAGUUGACAAGGGGCUGAAGUUCAUGGAGAGCACGGAGAAAGAUUGGAAUGGCUGUGACAUGCUUGCCUGCCAUAACUAUUGGCACUGGGCCUUGUAUUUCAUUGAAAAGGGAGAGUAUGAAGCGGCGCUGGAAAUAUACGAUGAGCAGAUUGCCCGCCGAUUUGUGUCCUCUGGAGCCAUGCUGGACAUCGUGGAUGCCUGCUCCUUGCUCUACAGGCUGGAGUUGGAGGGAGUAAGUGUGAAGGAGCGCUGGAGGGAGCUCCUUCCGAUCACACAGCCCCAUACGGAGGACCACGUGCUCCUGUUCAAUGACCUCCACUUCCUCAUGACCUCCCUAGGAGUUGAGGAGCAAGGACUCACACAGAGACUGUUGGAGUCUCUGCGGAAGCAGGCAGAGGAUCCAGGGGAGCAUCACCAGCUGCAGCUGGCUUGGGACCUGGGGCUGGCCAUGUGCCAAGCCCUGGUCGAGUACCGCCAAGGUAACUAUAGCCAGGUGGUGGAGCUGCUUCGGCCCAUUCGCUACCGCUUCAGCCAGAUAGGGGGAAGCGAUGCGCAGAGGGAUGUUUUCAGUCAGCUGCUCAUUCACGCAGCAAUGAGGUCUGAGAGGAAACGGCACAGAAUGCUGGCCAGAUGCCUGCUGGUGGAGAGGGAUGCAGUGAGACCCAACUCUCCGCUGACAGAUCGCCUCAUUCAGAGGGCUAAUGCUAUGUGUGUGUAAAGGGGUCAAGGUUGAAGAGAAGAGACGUGCCUUUCCGUAAGGUUCCUCCUCACCAACAGUUACGCUUCACCUCUCUAUAUUCCAUGCCAAUGUUUCAGUGUGAUCUCUUCCCUUUCAAAGAACUUCUUCCUUCAGUUUUAAUUGUUCAUGUUCUCAACCCCAUGUAAAGUAGCUACACACCACCUCUCAUAUAGCUAAUACUUUCAUUUGGAAUCAUUUUCAUUCCAUCCACAUUCAUGUUGACACAAUCUGAAAUAAACGUGGCAAUUAUGAUGCAUAUGUAUUUAUAAACUCAGCAUUAUGGUUCAUCUCUGUGGCCUUAAUAGAAUUAUUACACAAGGAGCAAUGUAUAGAGACACACUGACUUCCAACAGGUUGGUGUGGGAAUCCAUACAUCUACAAUAUACUGUUAUUGGAAAAAGUAAAUUGAAAACUAAAGGAUGCCAAGUCCUUCAAUCUAUAACUGCUGUAUUACAUAAGGUAAAAUUGAGGCAAAUCCCCAAACUGAAGGCUCAGCAUUUAACAGUACCCCCCCCCCAGUAUUUUAACUAGACUAUAGGGUGUUGGUAUCGUGAUAUUGUCCCACCCCAUUUGAAAUCAGAUUUAUACCCCUGGGGAUAUUAGCCUGGUAGCUGUAGCUGGUGGAACCCCUGCCAGUGUACAGAGUUCAUUCAAGCCAUUAUAGACUGUGAACCCCUAAGAAGAGCAGUCCUGAGCGUGCAGCCACCCCCCCCCACGCUGCCAGUGAACUGACUGCUGCUCCAUGAAUCCUGACUGACCAGCACAUGAGUGCAGUAACUUGUCUUGGUUGUAGGCUCCCCAGGGUACUUCUCCAUCAGCACUCCCACAUACAGAGUGUGUGUGUGUGCGUGCGUGCAACACAGCCUGCUAUUAAAUACACAAACAGUACUUGUGGAUGGUGUGAAAAUGUCUGCUUAAACACCGAAGCAUGAUCUACAUAACGGAUAUAAAUCUGUCCUCACAGUGUGUAAAUGCUUGUGUGUGCCAGGAAAAUGUGAUCCUCACUGCUUACAGUUAAUCAUGGAGGGGAUUUCCAUGGGCGCUUUCACACGCUGAGGUGACAUAUUGAUGGAGUGUAUGCAAAUGUGUUUUUAAAUCCACGGCUAGAUUGCCUGUAAAUGAGCAUCUAAAGAGGCCCUGGUGAUGGGGAGUGCCUGCAAAUGCUCGCACUUAAAUAUGUGUGUGAUGCACGCGGCCGCUGCGAGCGUCUGUCUGCAUUUGUAAAUGUUUGUGGACAGCGUGCUGAAGAGGCCGGGCCCACGCCUGUUUCACAGCAGCGCUAAUACACCGCGAUGGCUGUAAUAACACACUUGCUAGCUGUGCUAAUGAGCUCCAGUGCCCCCUCACACACCACGCUGGGAUGCGUUUGUGUGUGUGCGUCAUUGCUGGGACUGUGUGCUGUAGGGUGGAGGGGUUGGGGAGCGCGGACAAGCACAAUUUACUGUUCUCCAUUGAAAAGUACUGUGCUUAAUCACUUGACAGGGUGAAACCGUGGACCAAGGGGGCACUCGGUGGCUGGAGCCUGGGGGGUUCCGACUGCAGGUGCAGGGCAACAGUAACUAAGGCUGCAGGCACAUCACUGCAGUACUGUUAAAGUUACUUCUCCUUUCAGAGUGAUACACAGUGCACUUAUAUGGCAACUAACAGUGCAAUGGCAGCACCUGUUAGGCAAAACCCUUAAAUAUGCAUUUUUAUUGGCAUUUUAUUGCCAGAAUGAGGACGCGCGAUGUGGAUGUGUGAGUUUAGAAAGGAUUGUCGUACCUUGCGUGUGACACUGAUGGAUGAUUGCAAUAUUGCGGGGAUUUUGGCUGUCACCUCUCCACCAGCGUGGGCCACACAGCUGGGAAAAGUGGAGAGGAUCAAAGUGAAGGCUGCUGCUCCGUGCUUUUAUUGAGCCACUGCUCUCCCACCUCUAUAUAACAAUCUGUGAAAUCUUAAUACAACUUAAUGCUUUGUUUUCUUCAUAGGUUAGAUUCUGUUAAACAUCUUACAUUUAUUUAGAAGAUGUUUUCUC